CGUACCGCAUCACCUGGUCUCCACGAGAGAAUUCGAUCUAAUUGAAUUUCAUUUCCAUUGUUGUUUCCUCGAAACGAUUACGAAAAGGACGCGACGCGUCCUUCGACUGGCGCGCGCGAUUCCGACCUUUGACCCGACGACGAUCGCCAAGAGAACGGAGCAAAGAACGCAACGAAGAAUCGAAACUACUGUCCGUUAGCGCGUUCGUCCCUUUCGAUGGAACCAGCGACCGAUAGCGAUCCCUCGGGUUGCUUUUGCGACUUUUCCCUGAGCCUGCGAGAGAUUCGUUCGGCCCGACACGCGUCGUUGAGCAAUAGUUAGUUAGUUAGUUAGUUAGUUAGUUGGUAGCCGCUGCUAAUGGAUCGCGUUGCCAGUAGAUCAUUUUUGAAUCACGCGAAGCGUCGUCAUUCCUUAACCGUUCCUUGGAACGGAAGAAAGCUCCGGUACGCGAUUCGGAGGGAAUAUCCUGUAAGCGUGCAACUAGACGGAGCAGCAACGUUGUAACACGGUGAAAUCGUAAAGCGCAUCGACACCGUAUGGCAACUCUAUCGAAAGCCGAUGAUGCAGCAAAUUUUUAUCGGACCGCGAACGCUGCGUCGUUUCACGACUUAACGCUCGAGUGUGAUUCACUCUCGUGCUUAUGUAACAGAUUUUCUCGGCGGUUUCGUUGAUCGCAGGCACGCCGCGCCGUGAACGGAGUCCGUCGAGUGCGCGUUAUUCAACGCCAUUUUCACCGGACUCCGCUUCCUACAUCGAGGAAUCCGCGACGCGGCGUCGCUCGUUCGACGCAACGCGAAACCUCUUUCUCUCUCGUAUCACCGCGUAGGCCACGCUCGUCCGCACGCGAAAUCUUUGUCGUCCGCUCUUAUCGCUUCUCGCGGCGAUAGCGACGCGUUUCACGGAGAAUCGGGGACUCGAUUCUCGUCCCCGGCGUUAAUCCGCUCUUCGAACGGACGAAUUAGGGUGAAAGUAGAACAAGUAGUUCUCGUCUGCGUCGGGAAAUAGAGUGUGAAUGAAACUCGAACGAACUCGAAUGAUCGUGCGCGAUACCGUCGAACCGCGAUAAUUCAUCGUCGAAAAGACACGAAUCGAAUCCGUCCCGAUAGAUCGAGGCAGUUUCGUCGCGACGCGUUCCUAAGGAUCGCCUCGUUUACGAGAUACGGAAUGUUUUGAGCGCUCGGGAACGGACCUUAGCGACGCAGUUCGCGCUGAACGAAGUAAGGAGACCUAAUGGGUCCCUUCCCUUUUCCUCCUCCUCCUGCUCCUCCUCCUCUUCCUUCUCCUUUUCAACAACAACUUCUUUCUCCGUUUUCUCUGUCCCUCGCACUGCUCCGCCGUCCCUGGGUUACUCUCUCACGCGAUACCACGACGAUCCAGGGCUCGAUACACUGUGCCGCUUUCCGCGUACGAUACCUCCGGUCGGGCCGCGGUACGACCAAAAAAUGACUUUACUUCGGCUCGUGGAAGAAUUGGCGUCGUCGACGAGAGGAGCCCUGAAAGGAAUGCGGGUCGCAUCGGUCCGAUUUUCGACAGCGAGGAACGAAAAGCGGAAAGUUGAGCCGUAGCGGGACUCUCGCCUCUGUGCCGUCUCGGGCUGUGUUCUGGCGUUGCGUAUAACGCGGAGUACGUUACUCGUUCGGUCUCUCGUCUGUCGGUUAGUUCGUUAGUUCGGCUCUCUCGGUGUCCAUUCCAUUCUACCGUGGCUGAGCCGUCCCCUCCGUUCCUCCCACGGUACUUUCCUGGGCUCCGUUCCUCGAUCCAGUCGGUGUUUCGCUCGCUCGCUCCUCUUUCCUCUCUCUCUCUCUCUCUCUCCGGCGGGCCUCUGUUCCUCCGCGUCCUCUCGUUCCCUCGCACACAAUCGCGUGCAAUCGCGCACACGUACAUACGCGCGUAGCGUCCCACGGAGAGGUAGGUAGGCACAAAGCCUCCUCUACGUAGCGCGUCUACUGCCUACCUGAUGCCACGAGAACUCGGGCUCGAGCCAGUCACGUGGUCUUUCGAACGCGAAGGAUGUUUGUGGGAUCGCGAAGUCAGUUCGCGACGGUUCGUUCAACGGGCAACAGAGAAAAACGCGCAGCGGGCACUCGCGGCACCGUGGUGGACCAGUGGGACAGGAACGGGAGCAACGGGAGCGGCGGGAGUAACGGGGACAGGAACAGGGAUAACAACGGGAACAGAUACACCGGUAGAAAUAAGAGAUAGUGAUAGUGAUAGGGAGUGGGAAACGCUGAUAGCGAGAAGGGGCAACGAAAGAGGGGACGGCAGAUACGUGGAUAGAGAGGAUAGAAGGCGGUAGUGGAUCGAGGAUAUCGCGUUCCAAGUUUCAACCGUGUCCUCGUCCGAUGUAACGCGUUCGCCGCGUAGCGACAGCGUUUCGCGCUUGCUCUUUUCCACGGGCGAGAGGUGCUUUUCGAAAUUACGUGCUCGCGCGCGCCAACUGAAACGGUGCUAACCAAUUCCGACGCGGAGAGGCGAAUUCCUUCGGAUUCCUUCGGAGGUGCCGAGCGCGGCAACCUUUCGGUGCUGUUUCGCACCGAGAACGGACCGCCGAGAAAUAAAUGGUAAAACCGGAACGAGAAGAGGAGAAUAGCUGUUGCGGUUUCGACAGAGGCGACGUUCCUCCGUGACGCGCGUCCUUUUUCAAUUCUCAAAGUCGGGACCCGGUGGAAACGUUGGAUACGCUGGAAACGCGAAAGCCUCGGGAAACGGUACUAUCGUCGAUGACCGCACGCGAAAACAUUCCAUUUCGAGCUCUGACUCAACGCGAGGAUGAAUCGUACGCCGAAACGGUCUCGGGAAUCCGCUGCAGCGACGACAACGACAACGACAACGACAGCGACGACGACGCGGCGCCCUCGAGCCGAACAGAAAUGAAAAGGCGGCGAAGAGCGUCGAUUCGCGUUUAAAUAGAACUCCUGGAAGGUCAUGUCUGUCUCACGGGACGCGUUCGGUUAGACCGGGACGGGGACCGGGGUCGAGAUCGAGAUCUAGAUCGGGAAGAAUGCAGUUGGCUGCGACGCAGAGGCCUCACCCACCCCCGGUGCCACCGCGACCCAGCCGGCAGGUGGUCGCGGAGGCCCUUAAAAGAUCCCCAAGGCCGCCCUGUCCCACGAGGCAGGCCCCGCCGCCGCCCAACACCAAACCCUGGAGGUCCGACCAAGAACAGCAACAGCAACAUCAACAACAGUCGAGUCAGCAACAGGUGUGCGCCGUGAACGCUGGCCGAACGGUUGUUUACGAGUCGGCGAUAAAGGAGUCGCAUCCCAAAGAAACCAGCAACGAGACUACCGAGUACGCGGCUCAUCGGGUCAUCGACAAGGAUCGCGGCGGCGGCGUCAGCGGCGGCGGCGGAGCUCUUCGAAACGCGAGUGAAAGGAACCAAGAGGAGGACGAUCACCACCGAAAUUGCCAGGAAACCCGGUAUCGUUCGGCCGAUCGGGAACACCAUCCUGAACAUUCCGGCGAAUCGGUCGGCGUCGAUCCGCAAUGCGGCUCGGCCAAGUUUCGUCGGCAGAAUGCAAAUCAAAAUCAAAAUCAAAAUCAAAACCAUGCCGAGGACGGAGAGCCGAGGCACGUUCAAACUGCGGCGUCGUCUCGGGAGUCGAAGGAGCAGAACGUCGAGUCGAGCGGUCGUUCUCCGUUGGAACGAUGCAAACGAAUGGACAACGCGAAGGACGCGAAAGAGUCGUCGAGCAGCGAGAGCACCGUUUCCGCCGCGAAAAGACAGUUGGACGCGGCGGCGGCGGCGGCGGCGAGAUCCGCGCUCCUCGGCAAGUGCAGCGCGGACAAGUCCGUCGGCGCCUCCGACGAGUGUCGCGGUCCGUCCAGUUCCGAGCCGAAAUUCCAUCCGGACAAGAGCGUCGAGGCCCGGCCGACUCCCACUCGCAGAUCGUGCCUCGCGAAAAAUCGGGACGCGCCGAGGAAACCGUUCGCGGGGAGUACGUCCGAAGAGGGGUCGAGCCUCAACGAAAACAUCGAGUCCGUUUCGAACGUUGACCGUGCCACGAUAGUCGUUAUCGACGAACCAGAGCGUAAAGCUGCAUCGGACGCCGAUGACGUGGACGAUCAGAAUGGGUCCGCGAACGAGAACGAGAACGAGAACGAGAACGAGAACGAGAACGACAACAUUCAUCGGCAAGAUUGGCUGGAUGCCGGUAUCCAGUACUCGUCCACGCAGAUCACGCUCUCCGGCGAUGACAGAGAUCGAGUUAACGGGCUCGACCGGUGCGAAAACGAGAAAAUCGCUGACCUUAAUUACCUAAGUCUACAAGAGAGGAUCGCGAUGUCUUCCCUGCAAGGUCUACCACCGCUACCGAGGAGCUUGAGCGGUUUCAAUCUGAGCGGGGGCCGCGGCGAGGGUUGCGAGCCACCGCCACCGCCCGCGAGAUCCUCGAGCAAAACUCAGAGAAGCGGUAAAACCGCGAUGCAGUCGUCGUCCAGGCCGUCGCCGCCUGCCAGGCAGCUCACCACUCUGGAUACUCAGCUGGCUAUACUCAGAAGAGAAAUGUUCGGACUGCGACAAUUGGAUCUGUCCUUGCUCUCCCAACUGUGGUCCCUGAACGAAUCUAUCCAAGAAUUCCGACAGCUUCUGCAAGAACAAGAAGAUAGAGCGCCGUCGCCUUCUCCUAGCAGCGAAGAAGGGGACGACACCUCCUACGGGACUCAUCCUCCACCACCUCCGAGAAGGGCGGCCCCCGUUACGCAUCAUCACAGACCACCCAGACCACCGAGGCCGCCUAGGCCACCACCCAGCGACGAUUCGCCGUCCAGCGAAGAAUACGGAGCCGUCUGAACAUUCGAGUACUCUCGAGCCGCGUCUCGAGUUGUUCAACGCAAAACUCUUUCCAUACCAGAAUCUCUCCGUUUCGACGAAUCUGAAAUCACCGCUAACAGUUAGAACAGUUCAAAAAUUCAUCGAUUAGGAUAAAUCGUGGGAAAUCGUUUCGUUCGAAACAAAUCCGAACGAAUCCGAAGAAUUCGAUGAUACGCUUCGAAUAUGUAUCGUAACAAGGAAUUUGUUGCUGUUCAAAGGUGCGUGCCUGUGAUGAAUUUCAUGACAGGGCCAUUGCAAUCUCCGCGUUUGCUCAGGAAUUCCUAUAGCGACCGGACAGUUGAGCGGUCUUCGCGAGUUCCCCUGUGACUCACUUAACCGCGAUAGAUCGUUCGUCGAAUUGAAAAACCGACAAUGUCGACGAUCCGAAACGAUACAACGACUCUACGCGUAACGCAUAAACCGUGCAUCGCGCGAUAUAUACGAGAAACAAGUAUAUAUUAUUCUCGAUAAGAGUAACCUCAGUUACGCGCGUACUCUUUUUUCUAUUUGUGAUAGCAGUCGAAGGGGCCUUUAAUUGACUAUAAUAGAUAAACCGUUUCCGUGAUCUAAGCAUUCCCGCGAUUGAUUGAUUAUUCGUUGAACGACGACCGCCGCAACGGAUCCGAGCCUGCGAAUCGACAAAUUGCUAGUGAGUUCCAAAGAACUGCGUUCGAGACUCCUUCUCUCUUCCAUAUUUCUCCAGUGUUGCAUUACGUCCAUUGCAGAGAUUUCUUCUUUCCUGUUGAAACAGAAAUAAAAACGCGCAGAUGCGAAUCGAUGAGAUAUCCGUCGAGUUAUACAACGGCGACGUAUCGAACAUUUCUGUGUAGAAUAAUUGGAGCGUGUAAAAUAAAGGAUAGAACGUGAGGUACAAAUAAACGAGCUAUAAAACUGAGAUAAUG